CUCGGGCCAGCUAGCAGGAGCACUAUAUAGUUCUCUCGGACCUCCACUCGCCGACCCGAUCCGACUCGGCCCAUCGUCCGCUGGCUUCACGCUUCAUUUAAUACGACGUGCACGCCCGGUAUUCGCGCAACCGUCUUUGCUGUCUGUUCUACUCUUUCUGUCUACGAGAAAUCUGCUUUGAGACUUGAUAAUCUGAUUAUCGCUCUUGCUACUGCUGGAAUAAGAUGGCACCUAUCGGACUCGCGCUUAUCGGAGGUGGGAUCUUUAUACAAGAAGCCCACCUACCCGCAAUCCUCAGUCUUCCCCCAUCGACCGUGCACAUCGUCGCGCUCUACUCGCGCACCCUCGCGAGCGCCACCGCUGCCGUAGAAGAAUGCUCCAACUUCGGGCUCGGAACGCCCGCUGUGUACGCCGAUGAUACCCCUAACGACCUCUCCGCUCUCCUGAAGCGAGAGGACGUACAGGCUGUGAUCGUUGCUGUCCCUAUCCCCAACACGGGGGAGGUAGUCAUGCGCUGCCUGGAGGCGGGGAAACAUGUGCUGAGCGAGAAGCCUGUUGGGAAAGACGUAGCAGAGGGAAUCGAGCUGAUCAAGAAAUACGAAACACUCUACAAGCCCAAGGGACUCAUCUGGCGCGUCGCCGAGAACUGGGAAGUCGAGCCCACCUUCAGGUUCAUCAAGUCUUCCAUCUCGGCAGGCAAGAUCGGUGCCAUCCAAACAUUCUCCCUUACCUCGAUAAGCUACAUGCCCCCUUCAAACAAGUGGCUCGGUACACCUUGGCGGGCGAAGCCUACGUAUCAGGGCGGGUUCUUGCUCGACGGAGGCGUGCACCAAGCCGCGUUCUUGCGCACCGUACUCCCCUCACCUACCGUUAGCCUCUGCGGAUACGCGACGCUGCAGAACGAACACUUGGCGCCGCAUGACUGUAUACAUGCGGCGCUGAAAUGUGCUGAUGGGGCACAGGGGUUCUUUAGCCUUAACGCUGGUGCUAGUGGUUGGGAAGGCAGGGGAGGGGGGACGAUGAUCCUGGGUAAAGAGGGGAGUGUGGAAGUCCAGUUCUUUGAGAAGGAGGGGAAGCAGUGGAUUAGGGCUGUCUUGAGGGCGGGAAAGAAAGGAGAGCAGAAAGAGGAAACGUUCGAGUCCCCCUCGUGCGGUGUUGCUGAAGAACAGAAAUUCUUCUUCGAAGCCGCGAACGGGAAGAAGGAGAACGACUUUGGCAACCCCCGUGGAACACUCGAAGAUGUGGCGCUUAUUCAGGCUGCCCUGACGUCUGAGGGGAACAAGAUCGAGUUCUCCCAGCUUAUUCCCAAGUUCUGAGUUUGCAUGUGCUGAUUAUGUUGUAUUCCUGGACAAGAACAAAUGAAGAUCCGUGUAGCCUGCGAUCUAUACCACGGUAGGGUGAAUGAGAGCCUCACGCCUGCUUCUGCAUAUAGGGCACGAUCACCUCCCUCACGUAGUCCUCAUAAGAAUGAAGCUUCACGCCGAGCCUCAGCAGUCUCUCCGAUGGUACAGCCUCCUCAUACGCCGGGAACUGUUCAUCGACCCAUUGAUACAUCGCUUUGAGCAUCGGAUGGGCAUUAGGACCGUCAGUAGGCUCGUCCCGUACAUAGUUCACGUCUUUCCCCGUCACUCGGCGGAUAAUCUCCACUUUCUCCUCUCCCGAGGUCUCAUAGCUCACUAACGGGAUCGGACCUGCCUGCAUCGCCCGCCUCGAUUCCAAAUCUUCCCAGCGGUCGAUAGCAGCGACCACGCUUGGUCCUAGGUCGCGCUCUAUGUCUGUCACAGCCGCGGGGACGGAAGCGCGAACCCAGGGGUAGUGGAGGUGCCAUUUGCUGGGGUCAGACGGAUCGCG